GACCCUAGAAUUGCAGUCUUUUCUUUAGAAACUGUGGGUGGGACUCGGAAUGAGGGCAAACACAGCAUAGGAAAGGAGGAAAAACACCUCAGCACAGUUUGGCGCAGUAGAGGGCACUAAGGGAUGCUUAUUCCCAUCUAGAACAACCUUGAACUCAGGGCUGGGAAAAUUGAGCCGACUCACCCCAUCGGGCUGCUCCCCCGGGAACAGCCGCUCUCCGCGCCGCCCGGGACCUGAGCUUCGGCGAAACCGCGCUUCUUCACCACGUGACUGCCGCAGUUCCAUGGACCAAACACAGAGAAGAAUGCUGGACCAGCCCCUUUCCAUCCCCACUGCCCAGCCCAAGAAGAAAAGGACAUCAGUGAUAUCUUUCUUUUCCAAGGUCUCUUGGAAACUGAGGCUUCAGAAGCAGGAGCUUCUGAAGAAUGUGUUUUUCAACUUGGCAGAGAGAGCCUGGGACCCCAGUGUUAAAAAGCGUCAUAUGGCAAUGAGAAGCCUGGGAACUAUGGCCUGUGAGAACCUGGACAAGGUGAGAAAGUAUAAAAUGAUUGUCCUGGACCUGCUGGUGCAUGGACUGUAUGACCCCGUGAGUUCUGAAGUCAUCCACGAGAGCCUGAAGACCCUGACCAUCAUCCUGGGCAAGAUCCAGGGGAAAGGCUUGGGCUCCUUCUUCAUAGACAUCACCCUUCGGACCAGGACUUUGUUAGAUGAUGAGAAUGACAGCCUGAGAUACUCAGCCUUUGUCUUGUUUGGGCAACUGGCUGCCUUUGCUGGGCAGAAAUGGAAGAGAUUUUUCACCCGUCAGGUGAAGCAGACUCAGGAUUCUCUCCUGACCCAUUUACAGGAUAGGAAUCCCCAGGUUGCCAAGGCUUGCAAAACAACUUUUCGAGCCUGUUCUCCGUAUCUGAGACAAAGGAAGAACUACAGCUUCCAGAGUGAAGAGGAUCAAAGGAACCCUAAACUCUGCCGGCAGCUGAGCCACUAUCAUCCAGAGCUCCUGCAGUUCUUCUAUGCAAAUAAAAUCCUGUAAACACAGAGCAGCAGGGAAAUGGUUCCAGUGAACACAUUGCUGGGGGCUGAUAUUCCCCCUUUUAACUUUUUGGAUACUUCUGCUGCUUCUUGUGAUUAUGAUAGAAAAAGGGAUGUUGGGAGAGCAAUUAAUGGCAAAAAAUAAUACUGUGGAAUUGUAUAAUUACACCCAAAGUAAAUUCUAAAUAGCUUUUAUAUGUCUCAUUUUCUCCCCACACAAAUUUGAUGAGAAGGUGCAUACUUUAAACCAUUUAAAGUAUAUGUAGAUUCAGUGCUUAUUUCUCAGCUUUUUUCUUCUUAAGGAUAUCUCUGUCACCAAUUUUUAUUUUUAAUUUUACUUUUAAUUUCUAAGGCUUAGGAGAAUAACUACUACCUGAAGUGUUUUGUUGUUGUUGUUUUUUUAAUCUGCUAUUGAUACUUUGCCAUUUGCUAUUAACACCUUUUCUUGGUGAGACCUAUUUAAAGUUGGCCAAGGUACCAAGACGUUGGUGUGGAGGGGGAUCAUUAGCUUCUCAUUAUCUUCAACAGUCAGUGCCUCCAAGAUCAUUCCAAACAAGAAUUAAUAAAGAGAAAAAAAUCGAUGAACGUGAGUUGAAAAACCUCAAGUUAAUGGUAAUGUGUGGAAUAAUAAUUAUGAAUAACAUAUAUUAAGAAUGUUUGUAGUUUACUGGGCACUCUCUAAGUGCUUUGCGAGUAUUACUUAAUACUCACAGCAAGCUGUGAGAAAGGUACUAUUACCACCCUCAUUGUGUGGAUGAGAAAACUAAGGCACAGGGAAAUUGAGUAACUUGCCCAAGAUGACCAGUAAUUGAUGGACCUGGAAUUCAAACCCUGACUUCUGGAGCCUACGUUCAGUCAUCGUGUGAUACUGCCUUGUUAUGGAAUAAUUGACCGAUGGUUAGAAAUGUAAAAAAAUAAAAGAAAUUUUAA